CAAGAUCACCGUCGUGCAUAAUGCACGCAAAUUGUUUUUACUGCUACUGAUAGGAAGAAAAAAAACUUAAUAAAUUUCCUCCAUUUCAAUUUCAUACUUAUUAUCUGUUUGCUGCUAAUUGAUUGCAAGUACUUAUCUUAACGGCUUGUUUGAAUUGUUGGCUGCGUGAUCAGUGAUGAGAACAAUAGGUGAAUCGUUGCACGACAAUUGAUCGAGUUUAAUUUGUGGGGUUUCAACAGUUGGUAUUGGUUGUGUGUUUCGUUGUAACGAUCCGUUGUUGGACUGUGCGCUAGUUGAAGAAUAAUAGAUCAUGAAGAUUCCGAUGGUGUUUGAAGUGUGAAUUUGGAGCGAAGAACUGUCGCCGCUUUACGCAUUCAGUGAAAUUGAGGAUUAUCGUUUGGAUAGGAAAUCUAAUCGUUGAAGAUUGGAACGCCGUGGAAAGUGCACGCGCCAGGAUGAGCAAUCGUCAGCCUUCGUCUAAUGUAGAACUGGAGACAGUGCAAUCUAAGAAUGCUUUCGUCGACCUGCUGUAUGACAAUACGGCCUUGGCGAUGACGACUAGGGUCGGCAGCUAUGCGUACCGUAGAUUCGACGCCUGUCUGGCAGUCGUGGAGAAAACGGCCAAAUGGAGCUUACCGCAGACUUUGCCCAGCGAAGAAGAUACAAAUAAAAUCAACAUUUCGGCGCCCCCAUUGAUCCGGCCGCUGCCGUGGAUAUUCUUUCUUCCAGCACUGAUCGCGUUGAGGUUGAUCCGCGCAUUUCUGUCCUUCGUUGCCCUACUCGUCGGGAAGCAGCCAGUUUAUCCAAGCACGUUGGUAUCCUUCCUGCAAUCACGGCGACGUAAGCUUCGGGCGCUCAAACAUGUUGGCCAGAAGCUGCAGCGUAUCAAACAAGCAGAACGACAAGCGGAGGACAACGACGAGACGCAAAUUUCUUGGCUUCAAAGGAUCGCCCUGCCGCUCCGUCACAUCGUAUGUCUGAAGGCCGUCCGUCAUGGAUCGUUGAGCCAGCAGGAAGAUUCGAGCGAGAUUAAAGAUGAUGCAACCGGUAAGGAUGGAUCGUCACGGGCGAAACCACGUGAUGAGGAGCAAGCCGGUUGCAGAAAGCGCAAUGCCACGGAAAGAGAUGCCGACGAUAGUGAGGGCUCAUUCGAGGAACCUACCGUUCAGGAGCUUUUGGAAAAAUAUUGCAACGAUGAGGGAGAUUCCAGCUAUCAUCCAAGUGAAUCGGUUUCGUCGGAAUCGGACAGCUACGUAUCGGAGAGUGACAAAUCGCUCACGGAAACAACGGAUCCCGCCAAACGGAAUGGACCGAAGAAAGUCAAAAAGGAAACAAAUGGACACACUACUCCACCAGCCAAGGCAGUUGGAGCAUCUCUAGAGAAAGCAGGUGAAGAGCUGGCCGGUCGUCUGAAGGAUAUUGUGUCGGUAGAAAACAUCACGUUCGAGGCAGCCUCUGUGCAGAAGCUGCUGGAUAAGUACACCAACCAGAAAGGCAAGCUAGAUGAACAGUUCGAGAAGUCUUCGCUGAAUGCCGCCGAAAAUAAUGACAAUCCGAAGCCAUCGGCACCUGCCGAACCAAUUGCCGAAAAUGGAAAUUCUCAAUCAAGAAAGGAACCCAAUGCUCCUCAGAAACUGGUCAAAACCGCAACUGACACAAGUGCGAGCGCUGAUAGCAAAACCGCAAAUCAAGGCAACUCAGCUAAAGAUCAACCAUCAACAGACGGCCAUAAAAAUACUAAUACAAAUCCGCCAACCAAGCCACAGUCAAACCAGAAUCAACACAACCAACAACAGCAGAACCAAUCCACGGCAGUCAAUGGUGGCGGAGGCGGUGGCAGGAAACAAAAGAAGCAGCAUCAUUGAAGUAGACGCGACUGUUCGUCCGAUAAUGUGGCGGCUUAACAUGUGACCUAACCGAGGGUCUGGAUUUCACUUUUGCAUACUUUAUUCCUUAUUGCUUGAUACUAGUGCUUAAGUGUGAUGUUUAACUGUGUGGAACACCUGAUCGAUGGAUGCGCCUGGAUGAGUGUGAUUAAUUUGUUUUGUUUCUUUUUUGAUAAUAUAUACUUUUGUAAUGGUAACGUUGUGUUGUAUCACCUGGUCGAAGAAUUAUAUCUUGAUUUUUAUUUAAUGUAGCAAA